AUUCACAAGGCAGGUUUAGUGGUGCACGUUCAGCUGUGGCGGCUUAUAAUUCUGGCGACUGCGACUGUCCUCAACUGAGUCUAGGAUUGAAAGAGUUGGUGGAUGGAUAUAUCGGUCUAACGGUCUAUAAUCUGUCUAAAUUUGAAGUCGUUACGAAGCUGCAAGUCGUUAUAAAGUUGGAUGACGAGUUUUCAUCCUUAAAUUAGCUCCAGGAGCGUUUAGCUGAACUUGCAAAUGUGGGUUUUGUUUGUUUAUUCGUAGUAUAAUUUGACGCCCUGCCCCAGAGCCGAACGUGGUGUUCGUUAAAUAUUUUGAAAACCUUUUAUUAGUGACUUUAAUUAAAUACUUUGAAGGGAAUUAUAACAUAAAUGAUGAAAAAAGAGGUGAAAGUUUGAAUUCUGUGGAUCAAAAGGUGCUUAUGUGAAGAAUAAGCAUACGUCAGCGUCUGAUACUAAUCCGAAUUGUGUGUGAAAACUCACGGCGGACACAGAUUUUGUUUGUGUAAUGGCAGUUUAAGCACGAUCGGCUUUUGUCACGAGGAUGCUGUUAGGCGGAGAGGGAGAGAGAGAGAGAGGGAUAGGAUUUAAAUAAAAAAGGCGUGACUCGCCGGUGAUUAAUAAACAAGAAAGGAAGACGAAGAAGAAAGAAAGAUACUCGGCUUUAUGUCAGUAACUUUGUCCGGUGUCUUCGAAGUGGCCGUGGGUAAGGAGCUGAGCCUAUAGUAUUUUUCAUUCCUGAUCCGAGGUCAAAAUUUCGAUAUUGUGAAGGGAAUGCUAACUAAUUCCCGUCAUUCCAGACAGCUUGACGGAAGGGAAUUACAUCAGAUGUGAAUUGCAAGACUGUUGUACUAUCGCAAGCAUAGGACUAUCUCGUAGAACCUAUAGUUUUUUAUUAUUAUUAUUAUUAUUAAUUACAUUCCUGAAUUGGGUGUCAAAAUUUCGAUUUUUUAAAAAGAAUUUCGACCUAGUUUCGACUUCCUGUUGUUCUAAAAAGCUCGACGGAACAGAAAUUACUUACUAUCACAAUCAUAAGACUAUCUAUACCUAUCUACCCUAAAUUCCUGAAGCAUAGAUAGACCCAUCUCUGUCAUCUGAAGUCCUAUACCGCCACAAUGCUUCGCGAGGACUCGGUAAAUUACACGAGCCUGCCGCAGGAUGAAGGCACGACGCCCAAUUCCGCCUUCAUCACGACCAGGUCGGCGCCCGUCCACAACCAGCGCGACUGCAAGAUCGCCACGAUUCUGACCAUCGGCAUCAUCGUCGCCGGUAUAGGCCUAGCGGCUACGAUCCCGUUCAUCGUCAAGGGCAUGCACAAAAAGGUCGUCGAGACAGUGCAGCAGCAGCAGCAGCCCUCCGAGGGGCAAGGACAAGACGACUUCUGGAGUAGUCAUUUAAACGCCGGGGAUGGAGACACCGCCGUGGUGGUGGGGGACAACCUCCACCAAAAUGGUUCUUCUGACCCAGGACUACGCCCCAAUGACAGCAUGACGGCAACGCCGUGGCCCAAGGAGCAGCAGCCGGUGACCCCAGGUCCUGCCGCAGCAGCAGCUGGGGAAACGGUUGAGCAGCCUAGGAUACCCCAUCCGGUUCUGGUGACGUUCGAGCCCCAAGUCGUCGUCACGACGGUGAGAUCCUUCUCCUCCAGCGGCGAUAACGACGGGGAAACGAACGCCGGGUUGGGCUCUGCCGUUAACGAGAGUUCGGCGUUGCCCGGCGAAGGCGGUGAUGAAAAAGAUAAAGGCGAGGGAGAUGGUUCAAAUUCCGACAGCGGAAAGGGAGGGAAAGAAGGCGAAGACGCCCCUGUCAACGAAGCAGGAACAGGGGACGGAGAGGAACAGAAACCCAUCGAAAAUGGAGGAGGCUCAGACGACGAUAAAGGUUCAGUGACGUCCAAACCAGGGGACUCUGCGGAAGUUCCCGACGCACACCUAUCAUCACAAGAAGGCAAGGAUGACGUGAACUUGAACGAACUCCUAAACGCCAUCUACGGCGCUGAGGGCAACGCUAGACCUACGUCCCUUAACGAAGAUUCGUGGAUGGGCGCUGUAGGCUCGGCCAAAUACAAAGCUACCCUGAUAACGCUGGCUUCCGUGGUAGCAGUGGCCGUGGCAGGGGUGAUAGCAGCCAUUGGAUGGCUCAUCCACGCUAGGAUAGCGUCUAGGAGGCGUAGGAUCAAUAUUCAGAACGUGAUCACAGACCUCCAGUCUAGGGACAAAGUCGUCUUGCUGAACUCGGAAUCCGAGGAAGAAUAGCAGACAACAAUUCGCGCUGACGCAGCCAAGCGAAAAUCGCUGACCAGCGCGGUUUCGUUUAGGCUGAUAUUUUGGUUCCAAACCUGACGUCGCAACUACCAGGGUCUUCGACGACGCUAUAUAUACCCAGAGGAAAGACAUUGUCGCGGGGGUUGGGGGGAGAGAGAG